UUUUGGACGCGCCCCAAAGUGACGUUUUGCCGCUCCCGUCGUUGUUCACAUACAUCGCACUCUGGCGUGCUCGCGCCUCCGCCAUCCACUCUCCUCACAUUCUGCUCCUGCACAGAGGUGUUCGUUGCAAGUGGCAAGAUGGCUAUAAAAUUGGCAUACUGGGAUAUACGCGGGCUUGCUCAACCAAUCCGUCUGCUGUUGGAAUACACUGGUACUAAGUAUGAGGAGAAGUUCUAUUCUUGUGGUGAUGCUCCCAACUAUGACAAAAGCUGUUGGUUUAAUGAGAAAGAGAAACUUGGGAUGGACUUUCCUAAUUUGCCCUACCUAGAGGAUGGAGACAGGAAAGUAGUCCAAAGCAAUGCCAUAUUGAGAUACAUCGCCCGCAAGAACAACCUCUGUGGGGAAACUGAAGAAGAGCAGAUGAGAGUUGACAUCUUGGAAAACCAGGCGAUGGAUUUCCGCAAUGGUUUUGCCCAGCUCUGCUAUGGAGAGUUUGACAAAAACAAACCAUGUUACAAUGAGAAAUUGCCAGGAACUCUAAAGCAGUUUUCUGACUUCCUUGGUAACAGGAAGUGGUUUGCUGGGGACAAGAUCACAUUUGUGGACUUCAUCAUGUAUGAGCUGUUGGAUUUGCAUCGUAUGUUUCACCCGGAGUGCCUGGAUGAUUACAGAAACCUGAGAUCUUUCCUGGAUCACUUUGAGAGCCUUGAGAAGAUUGCAGAGUACAUGAAGUCGGGCAAGUUCAUAAAAACACCUGUGAACAACAAGAUGGCCAAAUGGGGAAACAAGAAGGAGUGAAAAUGACAAGAUUUUGUCUUGAUUUAUUUUUUGGUACAACAUUUUAACCUUCCCAAUAAAAAAAAAGGA